AUGCUUCAGGUAUGGGCCAUCACAUACAACAGGGCCGACUUCCCCGAUGCCUUGUACGAGCGCGCCCUUCCUCUCGUCGACGAGCCAGUUCGCGCAAAGAUCCAGAAGUAUGUCCGCCGCGAGGAUGCCGUCCGCUCACUGAUCGGCAAUCUCCUUCCCCGCAUGCUCCUCAAGAGAAGGGGCGUAGCGCGGGACACCAUGCACUUCUCCGUCACGGAGACAAAUAAACCAUACGUUGCUGUCCCCGGCAUCGACCCCCCACUGGCGUACAACGUGACACAUGACGCCAGCAUCGUCGCCAUGGCCUUUGGCGCCGGAGACCUGCAGCCACCGGCGUUCACUAUAGGCGUCGAUGUCAUGUGCAUAAAGAAGGACGCCAGGAAGACACUCAAGGAGUUCGUUGACGAGGUCGACAGCCAGUUGACCAAGAAGGAGCUCGAAAUCAUACUUGAUCCCUCCAUUUCCGAAACUGAAGGGCUCACGCGUUUCUAUUGGAUUUGGACACUGAAGGAGGCCUACGUGAAAUCCCUCGGACUUGGCAUCGGUUUAUUCGAGAUCAAGAGAAUAGAAUACAAUGUGCCCGAGGAACAAGUGCUCGUGGACGGGAAGCCAGCCAACGGAUGGCAGUUUCGCAAGUUCAAGACACAAUAUCUGGGCGAAUCCUACGUUGGUGUUGCAUCCAAAUUCAUAGGAGGUAGAGCUACUACUAUUGAAGAAAUAGACGAAGGUUCCCUAGUAGUGUACGACGCCGCACCGUUCGUAGACCGUGCUGUAGAGGAGUUGGUAUAA